UGUCAAAAACUCUACUCUACACCAUGUCUGAAAUAGCAAAACCCAAGGUUGCCCUCGUCGUACCUACAGAACCAGAGGAAGAUAAACCAAAAGACUUUGAAAGUAUGCAACCAAAAUCAGACUCACAUAUGGCCAUCAAGGUUUCGCCACCAAUAGUCGAUUACUUCAGUGCGGACUCACGGUCUCUAUCUGGAGAGGAAGACCGUUUGAUAUCGCGAGAUAACUUUGACUUAGAAGGUAAAAAGCCCAAGGCGACAGGUCUUCGGUCUAAGAAGGUCAUCAUCGCCAUCAUCGUUGUGGCCGUGUUGUUGAUCAUUGGCGCCAUUGUCCUGGCGGUGUACGUGGAAACCAUGGUGAAUUAAAAAGCUGGCAAGCAAGUCAAUCAUGGACGAACCAGGCGAUAAAUUACCCAACCAUCUC